GUCUCUUCCUUUUUUCCCCUUCUGUCUACUCUACGCUUUCCUGUCCAACACACACACGCACACUUUCGCUGUCUUCCCUCUUUUCCUGUCUAACUCUCUCUCUCUCUCUUUCUCUCUCUCUCUUUCUCCUCCCUCCCUCCUGUUUUUGUCUGGCCAGGCUGCAGAGUGUAUGGGGAGUCUGGGCACUCUCACUGAUCCGUGAUUGGAGAUUUCAACGAAAUAAGGAAUUCCAUUCACCGAUCCUCCCAUUCACAGCAGAACCUGCACCUCCGCCAUCCGACUGCCUGCCUGCUCCAAAUCUCUGUAAGUACGCUCCGUUCUGAGCCAGCCAGCUAGCCCACAGCCGCUCCGCUUCGUCUUAAAAUGAAUUGUGAGGCUUGCACUGUCGUUGUAUUCUGCACCUCAGCUGAAGGACAUGAUUCAGACUGUCCCAGACUCAGUGGCUCAUAUUAAAGAAGCACUAUCAGUAGUCAGUGAAGACCAGUCCUUAUUUGAGUGUGCCUACGGAACAUCUCACCUAGCCAAAACAGAAAUGACAGCUUCUUCAUCAAGCGACUAUGGGCAGACCUCAAAGAUUAGCCCCCGUGUUCCACAGCAAGAGUGGUUGGCACAGCCACCAACUAGAGUGGCCAUCAAGAUGGAGUACAACCCAAAUCAGGUCAAUGGAUCCAGAAAUUCACCAGAACACUGCAGCAUAGCGAAAGCAGGGAAGAUGGUCAGUGGAUCCGACAGUGUUCCAAUGAGCUACAGCAGCUACAUGGAGGAGAAGCAUGUGCCACCUCCCAACAUGACGACUAACGAGCGGAGAGUGAUUGUGCCGGCAGAUCCUACACUAUGGUCCACGGAUCACGUCAGACAGUGGCUGGAGUGGGCAGUGAAGGAAUACAGCUUGAUCGAUGUCGACGUGUCACUCUUUCAGAAUAUUGAUGGAAAGGAGCUAUGCAAAAUGACCAAAGAAGAUUUUCAACGUCUCACCCCUAGCUACAAUGCUGACAUCCUCCUAUCACACCUUCACUACCUCAGAGAGACACCACUUCCUCAUUUGACUUCAGAUGAUGUCGAUAAAGCCUUGCAAAACUCACCACGUCUGAUGCACGCCAGAAACACAGGAGGUGCGACUUUCAUCUUUCCAAAUGCAACAGUUUAUCCUGAACCAUCUCAAAGACUCACAGUUCGUCCAGAUUUGGCUUACGAUGCAGCCAGACGGUCAGGGUGGGCAAGUCAUCCUGGAGUUCCGCCAAAGGGAACACCUUCAUCUUCCUCAAAUGUAACCAAAGUGGAAGACCAAUCUCGUCACCAGAUAGAUCCUUAUCAGAUUCUUGGGCCUACAAGUAGCCGCCUUGCAAACCCAGGAAGUGGACAGAUUCAGUUGUGGCAAUUCUUGUUGGAACUUCUGUCUGACAGCUCCAAUGCUAACUGCAUUACCUGGGAAGGAACCAAUGGAGAAUUCAAAAUGACAGACCCAGAUGAAGUGGCAAGACGUUGGGGAGAGAGGAAGAGCAAGCCCAACAUGAACUAUGACAAGCUGAGCAGGGCCUUGCGUUACUACUAUGACAAGAACAUCAUGACCAAAGUCCACGGCAAGCGUUAUGCUUACAAAUUUGACUUCCAUGGGAUUGCACAAGCUCUGCAACCCCACCCCCCUGAGUCUUCCAUGUACAAGUACCCAACAGAUAUCUCAUAUAUGAGUACCUAUCAUGCACACCAGCAAAAAGUGAAUUUUGUGGCUCCUCACCCUCCUGCUCUACCUGUGACAUCCUCUAGUUUCUUUGCAGCUCCGAGUCCAUACUGGAAUUCUCCAACUGGAGGCAUCUAUCCAAAUGCCAGACAUCCAUCCACCCACAUGCCAUCUCACCUUGGAACGUACUAUUGAACAAUGCUCACUUUUUUUUUCAAUUAUGACUUGGGUUGUUGCUCUGGGAAUGGAGCAUUGGGUUAAUAACUAUGAAUUUAAAUUGGAGGAAAAAAAAACAAA